UCUGUCACCAACUAAAUGAGGAAAACCACAGACUGAAAGAAGAACUAUGGGAUGUUAAGAGGGAAUACGAACGGCUAGCACAGAUGGCAACAGCUAGAAAGAAGGGCCAGACCACAACAUUAAUUCCUUGGACUGAUCUUUGCAAGAAAGACACUCAGACUAGAAUUCUAUCAUCAGUGCAGUAUGGCAGGAAAGAAGGUUUACAAACAGAUGAGAUGAAUGGAAUUCCCAGCAGCAGAAUGGUGUCUAUACUCAAAGUUUUCAGCCCCCAUGCAUGUGAUGAAAGGCAACAAGAAUGUUCUAAAAGCAAUGCCUCCUCAAUGUCUAUGAAUAGUGAGUCUACAGACAUUCUGAUCACUGGAUACCAUGAUACAGGCUUAAAGAAAGAAUCUAAGAGAAACUCAAAAGAUGGUGCAUGUGAGGAGAUCCCAGAACCGUGUGAUGAUGAUUUGUCUGCAGUCAGUCAGCAAAAUAGGACACGUCAUCAGAAUUCUCUACAGCAUGAUACAGAUGUAACAGGCAGCCUCUCUGCAACGGAUACCUGCAGUAAAAGUGCCACGAGCAGGAGUCCUGUGGGUAAGGUAGUGUUACCAAGACGACCAUUUGCACCAAGAAAUGUUACAGACUUGAAAAUUGGAAACCUGGUGAAAUUCUCCCGUCCAGCAGGGAAAAUCAGUAAAGGAACAAUCAAGUACUUGGGGCACCUGCUUGGGAGAGAGGAUGUGUAUCUUGGGGUAGAACUGGAGGGCAGCGAAGAGGGAAAACAUGAUGGAACAUUUCAGGGAACACGAUACUAUCUCUGCAAACCUAACAAAGGAGUAUUUGUGAACUUCAGCAAGGUCAUUAUGGCAUGGGAAUAAUGAAUCCAGGACAACCUAUAA